CAGAUUGGAAAAAGGAAACAGCUCCGUGGAGGACGGGAGUGCGCGUGCGCAGAGCCUUUUUGCCCGGGCGAAGCAGCAUUUUAUUGUUGCCACUGGAGGGGGAGGUUUGGCCGUCGGCGGAGGCUUUCCGAGGCGGAGGAGUGAAAGGAGCGAUCUACGAUUGCGGGCUCUUCAUUGAUCUCCCCGAUUGUACAAAAGAAAACCAAAGCACUUAAGGAAGAAAGCUACUAAUUGACAAACUCCUUAAUGGCAGUGACAUGCGGCAUUUUAGCAGAAGUGAUUUGUACUCUGAAAAGCAGCAGAGGGAUAUGGUGAAGUGCUCUGGUGGAACUAAGUCAUUUCACGGUAUGCUGGAAUUUCCAAGAGUUCUCCCAACAAAAGCUCCAGGUGCUACAUUUCUUAGUCCUGAUACCAGAUCUGUUAGCAAUCUUGAUACUGACUGUAGGAGACAAGCACUAGUUAUCCCUUAUUCAUCCACUCCAAGGCAUUUAUCAGAUAAAAGAAGCCCACAUUUCAGUGCCAAAAUGUCUGUAUUGCCUAGAAGUUUCAGUUCCUUACAACCUCCUGAGGACCCUGGGUUUGAACCACAGGAACUGAAAAAAUCAAGAAGUUUUUCAGCUACUGGGGCCUGUCCAUUAUAUGAAAUGCCUGUUCCUUGGUAUCAAAACAGUCGGACUGACUAUGAAGAAAGUCCCAAACUGGGCAUGCAGAAACCAAUACUCGCAAGAAACUGUUCUGUAGCGGGUCAUAUGAGAAGGAUAUCCACCUUCCAGGCUGAUUACUGGGCAUGUGCAAUACCCGAUUCUCUACCACCAUCGCCAGAUCGUCAGUCCCCCCUUUGGAAUCCUAAUAAAGAAUAUGAGGACUUGCUUGAUUAUACUUACCCUUUACGACCAAAAUACAAGCGUCCAAAAAAUCUCAAAGAUUCCACUGUCCAUGAUUCUGGAAUUGAUCUCGAUAGCCUCUCAAUUUCCCCCGAGAGUACCUUGAAGUCUGCGAGUAUGUGGGACCAAGAACACCAAACCAGGGAGAGUCCUACUGCACAGAGACUUUCAAGUCCUUUCUUGAAAAAGCUUGAAUGCUCAGUUCCAGCUUCUCACUACAGAAUAUCACCCGUUGGGAAAACGUCCCUGGUGGAUGAUGGAAUUGGCAUUUCUGGAGGAAUGUCACCUAGUUUAUCUCCUGGGUGCCCUCAGCCAUCCAAUUCCACUUUUAUAAUUGAGGAGGAAUGCCACAAAAAGAGACAUGGGUGUCUUUUGAGGAGAAAAGCUGCUUGUGGAAACUUCUUGCGCUCCACAAGUAUCCUGCCCUUACAGCAAGAAUAUGCCAGUGAUGAUGAAUAUCUCUCCUUACCACCAAGACUCAAGGAGUUAGAGACAUUGGCACAGCAACUAACUGAACUUACAUUGGCUAUAAAGAAACCUGAAUUUGGCCAGGUUCAAGAUGACUUCCCCGGCAACAGUGUGAAUGGGGAGCAGCUUCUGCCAGAGGUUCAAGGAGAUAGCGAUGGCAAUGAGAGCCAGUGGGAAUUGUAUUCCGACUCUUUCCAUACAUGUAAUUUCCAAGAAUCUGAUGAGAUGGACAUUCUAAGGGAUUGGAACAGCAAGGAGCAGGAAAGCGAGCCAAGAGAAACUGGUAGCACUGAUUUUCUUGAAAUGAGAUGUCCAGAAUUCCUUUCCUCCAAGGAAAAGAAGGACCAUUACUCUCUUGCACAGUGUAUUAAGGUGUUUUGCUGUCAGUUGGAAGAACUCAUUCGUUGGCUGCAUAAAGUGGCAGAAAUUAUAGAUCAAUGGAUUCCUCCCAAGCCAGAUGUUGAAAGUGUUAAAGCAUCAUUUCAAAACUACCUGGAAUUCAAAAAAGAUUUAGCUGAGCACCAAGCAUUGACUGAAAACGUGUUGCAUGAUGGUGAGAAUCUUCUUAAAUGCAUGUCAACAAAUUCACCUGUUUUACAGAAAACUCUUGGCUUGAUUGCAAAACAUUCGGAUAUGCUUAAAAGCCAUGCUGAACGAUUGUAUGAAUCUAUUUUAGCAGCCAUAUAUACUCUUGAUGACGGCUUGAGGAAGCAUUGCGAUGUUCAAGAAACGGCAGUCCGCAAAGAUACAUCUGAAUAAAACUUCUAUUGAUGUGGAAGAAUGAAUUAACUACAUCCAUAAAUAGUAUGAUGGAGGCUCCCUAAUCAAGAAACAAGAACUUUUUCUUCAAAAUUUUGAUGUGCUGCAUUGACAUCAAGCUUGGUUUCCAAGUUCAGAAGGUACAACAGUGAGCUUUAUAUCUGACAACAAAAUGUUAAAGAACAGUGUGGAAGGGAAACUUCUGAUGUUGGAGUGACAGGAGGUUUAAUGAUGGAUUUCUAAUAUGGGUAUCUAUUUUCCAGAGCUCUGCGUGCUUCAGAAAUUAUUCAGAAGUGUUUAUGUGAGCCUCAAAAAAAAGAUGCAGUUGGUUUGAAAGUCAGAUCAUGAAUGGACUUCUUAAAGCAGCAACCCUUCAUUUUCAGGUUUGUGUUGCUGCCUGAAACAAAAUAGGCUGUUGUAUAAAACAGCCAAAAUACUUUUUUAUGGAAGAUCCAAAGUGCUUCCAAAUAAUAAUUGAAAAAUGUAUAGCCCUAUUAUUUGUUUUGUAUUUUUUUUUCAGUGCAUAAUUGUAAGUCUUCAGUUUAUCUCAUGUGACAAAUUAUAUGGAAGCUACAUUUGAAAUAAAUCAAUUUUAUUAUUUUAAAACAUGCACUGGAGGUAAGUGAUUUCAGUAACAGUUAAAUAAUCAUCCGUUGAAGCUGCAGUUACAUGACUAGUAUUUGUGCAAGAUCCAUGCUAAAGAAAUUACAAAAUUUUUGAAAGCUUCAGGCACUGUUCACCUUUACUUGCCAACCAUUAGAUUGUAAUAGAACUUUUCGGUGCAAUUGAUAAAUACUUUAGUUGUAAGUUCCUGGAUGAAGGUUGGUUCUGUGUUUUCAUUAUAGAAUACAAGAGACUUAGCUUGUAACAGAAAACCUUAGUUUAAUAUUGUAGCAUGUGUAGAUUUGCAUAUACCUUCUGUGGCUGCCUCCAUAAACUUUGUAGUUAAGGAUGCUAGCUCCUAAUUGCCCAUAAUCCUGAAUCCAUAUUAGAGCUUAAAAAAUAAUUUUGUGCACUCAGAGAUAAAACUCUUCCUAUUCUUUACGAUUGGCUAAUAAGAAUGCUUACCAUAUUCACAAUCAAAACCCAACUUUUGAAACUGCAAUUUCCAAGCCGUAUCAAGAGCAAUUGAUAGGCAAAAUAGGAUAACAUCUCCUUCCUAAGAUGUUCACUUUCCUUUCCACUGGAAACAAGAAGAAAUUAAUUUUUUAAAGGGGUAGGUGAAAAAAUUAUUUAUUACAUUUGUUUGCCACCCAUCUCACCACAAAAUGACUACAUAGUAUCAGAUCUCUUAGCCUUGUUCAUACAGGUAAACCUGAGUGAAGGUUUACCAAAUUAAUCUAGUAGCCUGAGUUUGCAUACAUACUGAUCUCACAGUUUAGCCUAGCAUGAUGCGCAAGUAGCCUGUAAGAUACCUUUGCAUGCUCUUCUCAGAUAAGAGCUGCACUGUCAGCGUUGCUAUGGCAUAUCUACAUGACAUAGAAUACUGUAGCAUAAAUUGGCUUUCCCACAAAAUUUACUUUGAAUUAAUGCAUUUUUGGAAACUGCUACUGACUGAUACGAACUAAGGCACUAAGAUACUGUUCUAAUUUGCAACAGUGGCAUUUCAACAUGUACCACUGUUCAAAAGCAGAGAUUGAUUUCAUAUAUCAUUUAGAUCAAAUUUUUACAAUUUCAUGAUAGCGGUAGCCAAGAGAAGUGGGACAGAAAAACAUAGGGUUAUGAAAACACAUCUCACAUGUGAGUAAGACUGGAUUUUAGACAUUUUAAAAAUAUACUUGUUUGCCUGUUUUUGGAUUUAUAUUUGUUUCCUACUUCUAAAUGGCGGUGUUUAGCUGUAAUAGUUGGAAGGAGACUCUAGAAGACCAAAACAAUGGAAUUUGGGUGUGCCCUCAAGUAUUGGAAACAUAAUUUGCUCACAUUAGGGCCAAGUGGUCUUGGAAACUUACUCCACAAUACAUGAAAACCUAGAACUCAAAUAUUUUCAGACAUUUACAAAUCGGAUUUACUGUUUCCCAAAUCUGUUGCCUUUUGUAGGCAGCUUCCCAGAUUUAAAAACACAACUAGAACUGACACACAAAUGGGGGGGAAAAGUAUAGCCACUUUGUUCAGAAUGUUAAGCUAUUGUUUUAAAAGAAGCACAGAUAUAGUUUAGCAAACAAAAGUAUUGAAAUAUGUAUUCAUUAGUAUUCUAAGCAUCUUCUGAAGGUCAGAACAGUACACUUUAUUUUUUUUUAAAAAGUGUGCUCAGUUAAUAACAUUGAGUUUAUUGCCAAGAGCUUCAGCACUUUUAGAAUGACCCCAAAUCAUCAUUUAAAUAUUGUAGCCGAUUUUCUUCUAUGUAACAUUUCUUUAUGAAUUGAUACAAUACUAAAAGCAUAUUAUG